UUUAUACACACAUUCACUCUCACUUACUCAGUUUUUCAUGUGCACUCAACAUGGUCAGCCGACUUGAACACCCAGCCGGUGGCUACAAGAAAAUCUUUGAGACUUGUGAAGAGUUGGCUGAGCCCAUUUCUGCUCAAGUUUCAGGCAAAAUCCCUGCUUGGCUCACUGGCAGUCUGCUCCGCUUGGGCCCUGGGCUCUUUGAGGUGGGAGAUGAACCGUUUUACCACCUUUUUGAUGGCCAGGCUCUCAUGCACAAGUUUGACCUAAAGGAUGGACAUGUGACCUAUUACCGCAGGUUUAUCAGAACUGACGCUUAUGUGCGUGCCAUGACUGAGAAAAGAAUUGUGAUCACAGAGUUUGGAACCGCUGCCUAUCCAGAUCCCUGUAAAAACAUCUUCUCCAGGUUUUUCACUUACUUCCAAGGCAUUGAGGUGACAGACAACUGCCUUGUCAACGUCUACCCCAUUGGUGAAGAUUUCUAUGCCUGCACAGAGACCAACUACAUAACCAAAGUUGAUCCUGAUACAUUGGAAACUAUAAAGAAGGUGCAAAAAAAGGUGGACCUAUGCAAUUAUCUCUCAGUCAAUGGUCUGACUGCACAUCCACACAUUGAACAAGAUGGUACAGUAUAUAACAUUGGAAACUGCUUUGGGAAGAAUAUGUCACUGGCCUACAACAUUGUCAAGAUUCCUCCAGAACAAGAAGAUAAAUCCAAUCCAAUUGAAAGGUCUACAGUUGUGGUGCAGUUUCCAAGCAGUGAGAGGUUCAAACCAUCCUACAUCCACAGCUUUGGCAUGACGGAGAACUACUUUGUGUUUGUUGAACCUCCUGUGAAGAUCAACUUGCUGAAAUUUCUGACAUCCUGGAGCAUCAGAGGGACAAAUUACAUGGACUGCUUUGAGUCAAACGACAGAAUGGGUACGUGGUUUCACUUGGCCACCAAGAAUCCUGGAGAAUACAUCGACCACAAAUUCAGAACAUCUGCCUUUAAUGUUUUCCAUCACAUUAACUGUUAUGAGGACCAAGGCUUUAUUGUUGUCGACCUGUGUACUUGGAAGGGGCAUGAGUUUGUGUAUAAUUAUCUAUAUUUGGCAAACCUGAGGCAAAACUGGGAGGAAGUCAAGAAAGCAGCUAUGAGGGCACCACAGCCAGAAGUCCGGAGAUAUGUGCUGCCUCUGGACAUCCACAGGGAAGAACAGGGGAAGAAUCUGGUUUCUCUUCCUUACACCACAGCUACUGCGGUCAUGUGCAGCGAUGGAACCGUUUGGCUCGAACCUGAAGUUCUUUUCUCUGGACCACGACAGGCUUUUGAGUUUCCUCAGAUCAACUACAGCAAAUACUGUGGGAAAAAUUACACCUUUGCUUAUGGACUCGGGCUGAACCACUUUGUUCCAGACCGGAUUUGCAAGCUCAAUGUGAAAAGCAAAGAAACAUGGAUAUGGCAGGAGCCAGAUGCCUAUCCAUCUGAACCACUGUUUGUGCAAAGCCCUGAUGCUAAAGAUGAAGAUGAUGGUGUUCUCCUGAGUAUUGUGAUAAAACCAGGGGUUGCCCAGAGGCCAGCGUUUCUCCUUAUACUCAAUGCCACUGACCUGACCGAAAUAGCACGUGCAGAGGUUGAUGUCAUCAUUCCUGUCACUUUCCAUGGAAUGUACAAACCUUAGAGAAUCAUAACCUGAAGGCUUUCCAUUUCAAUAAACAGACCAUUUCAAACUUAUUUUUAGGUAAAUUAGUCAACAUUUUUUAUGUUGUUGUUGCUAUUGUACUGUAUAUUGGCCAGUUAUAUGACCUCAUACUGUAUGCUUGUAAUGUACUUAUAACUUUUUGACAAUGAGUUACGAAUCCACCUGUAAAUCAUUUCUUUUUCAAAAUUAAACUUUUCUAUUAAUUAAUGACAACACAGCUUUACCAUUUAU